CUGUUAGGAAAGAUGAAAACAUAAAUUCAGUUCAUUUUUUUUGUAAUUGGAGGACUACUACUGGUUGUUUUUAAACUUUACUUAAAAUGUUGAGGCUGGAGCAGUGUGAGCAGUUAAGUCCAGUUCUUCUGGUAAUGCUUAGUGUUACCUUUGAAGGUGUGUACUGUGUCCUUGGAGUGUCUCCAGUUGGCCCUUCCCGGGUCAGUGCCAUAGCUGGUACCAACGUGACUCUAUCUGUGGUCUUCAUUGGAACAAAUGACCCACAACUUACAUGGUUCAUGGGAAAUUUACCUGUGGCCACCUGGACUGUUGGCUCCAGCGCUGUUCCAGUCAUAGCUGAUACCCAGAAAGCUGUGCUGAAGCUUCAGCCAAGUGGAUCCCUUACCUUUGUCAAUGUGCCACUUAACGGCUACAACAACAACUACACAAUUGAGAUAAUAAAGUCUGGAGUGGGCACUGCCUCUACAAUUUUUACUUUAAAAGUAUUUGAAAUUAUCCACAGUGUUACACUGACCUGUGAUCCAUCUGAUGUCACAGAGGGAUCCGGGAACUUCACCAUAAACUAUAACCUACUGCAAGCACAAGAAGUCAUUGAGCAGCAAAUGUGGUCCUUCAAUGGUGUGCAGAUAAAGUUCAACUCGCACUACUCAGUGCAGCAAAUGAGCCUGGUGGUCUAUGCGCCAAACCGAAAUGACACCGGAAACUACACAUUGUUGCUGACGAACCCCUUCAGCAGUGUGACAGCCUACAUGUACAUCUCGGUGCUGUAUGGACCAGAUGUUCCAAUAAUUGAAGUUACUCCGUCUCGACCAUUCUAUGAAUCAGGAGCUUCACUGAGCCUUUUCUGUCAGUCUGAGGGAUUCCCGCAGCCGACCAUCAACUGGGUUUUUGGGGGUCGGUCGCUUUCUAGUUCCCAUGAAGGAAUCCUGAAUCUGACGAACAUAAAGACAAAUCAAGGAGGCACCUACACCUGCACAGUGACAAACGAAAGGACUGGAGCACAGCAGCAGCAAAGCAUCAUCAUAAACAUUUAUGAGAGUCCCUUGGGAAACCCAGUGUGUUCUGUGAACUCUGUGAACAAAACUGAGCUACAGUACCUGUGUCAGUGGUCAGGAGGAACCCCUCCAGCUCAGCUUUACUUCCCAGCUUUAAGUAACAGCAGCAGUGCAGCAGGAAUCCUCAGUCUGACUGUGACGACUGAACCUGACCUCAACAGGAAAACUGUAACAUGCAUCGCAGACCAUCCUGUCAAAACCAACAAAUGUAGCAUUACUGCAAGUCGUCCAGGGGAUUUCCUGCCAGCUUUUAGGACCACAGUGAACAUGAAUGGAAAAAUAGAGAUCACCAUUGAAUGUUUCAGCGAGGCCUCGCCUAAAGCUGUGGUGUUGUGGUCUGUAGGCAACGAGCUUAUAAUCAAUGGCACAACAUAUGAGAUCAGCACCAACACCACACAGCUCAUAUUUCGUACUUACAACAUCAGCAAGUUUCUUCUGAAGAACUACACCUGCAUCUGCCACAACCCACUCGGCAUUCAGAAACGCCAAAUUCAGAUACAAGGCCCAUCGAUCUCAGAUUCCAGUUUGUUCUCUAAUCCAGAUGGAACCGUCAUCACAUUGACCUGGGAGGUCCCACCUACCUCAGUUGUUACAGGUUUUGACAUCCAAAUGAAGGGACCGAAACUCCUGAGUGAGGAACGUAAUGACAACCCAACAAAACGCAGUUCAGAUGGGUUUCGCUCCAUCCAGCAGAGACCCGGCUCUGAUCGGAGCACAGACAUAUUUACCCUUGAUCCCAAAUCAACAUACAUGUUUAGAAUUUUCCCAAGAGCUGGUGUGAUUGAAGGAGAACCGUCAAGAAUUCAAAGAACUGGUCCAGGUGAAGGACUGAACGGUCCAGCCAUUCCUGGUAUUGCAGCUGGAAUUCCCUGCAGCCUUCUAUUCCUGCUCCUGCUCUGUGGCACCAUCUUCCUCUGUGCUUCUGCCUCUAAAAAAAAGUAUCGACAGACACAAUAUCCAAGGUCCAGACCAGUUGAGAAGACAUCAACACAGACUGAUAUAACUCCUCAUAAAUUACUGUCAGGAGGUCUGAACUCUAUUCCAGAUUACAACAGAUUACAUCAGACUCCAUCGGAAAGAUCGAUGCCUCUUCCUAUGUUUGUCCCUCCACCACCCGUCAGAGUUGCCACACGUGUAUAAUUACUAUAUGACACACUUUCAUGUAUAUAUCAGUGUAUCAUAUUUUUAAUGAUAGCCUCAGUCAUGCCAGAUACCAACUUCAUCUGUUCAAACUGUAGGCGAGACUACCGUUCCAGAAUAGGCCUGCACAGUCACAACAAAAAGUGUAGGGUCCAUAGAGAACCAACAAAUUCAGUGACUGAACCCAUCGUCUUUUAGGAUGGAGGGACGCCGAUGAUGAUAUUUUUAAUAUUCUUCUUGUCACGGUAUCUGAUUUCAGUGGAUACCUGUGCCAUUCUCAUCAUGUGUAAUCUCUAAUUAUUACAUCUGCAUCCAUUCAUACAAAUAUUGAUUGAUAAAUAAUGAAUC